GCUAGGUUCUCUCCUCAUCCGGGGUUUCCUCCUCGGUCAUUCUGAAGUGGGCCGCACUCUUCUCUCUGUCUCUCUCAUUCAAGAUUUUCUUUUACCAAAUAAAUAUAUUUUUUUUUCCGAAUAUCUUUUUGCUUUGUCCCUCUCUAUCUCUGCAUGUCCCCAGUUUUUUUUAAUCUUUUAAUUAACAAAAUAAACAAUGGUGGGAGGGAUUAAACUGUAAUUUCGUAUAUUCUGGCGGGAAUUUGAUCGGACGUCAAAUCCCCCCGCCCUCUGCAACCUCCAAAGAAAAAAAAAGGUGAUCAAGUUUAUCAGAGCCAUGAUUCUUUGGCUAAUUAAACUGUCAAAGCAUGCCCGUUGCUAUCUAUCUUAAGCUUUCUACUUUAAGCCAUGGCAACAAUACUCCCCCACCUCCCCAGCCGAAGAUCACCACCUAAGCUUCUUUCUAUUGCCCUCUUGAUACUUGUGCCAGUUUGUGUGAUUGGAAUAAUUACCAAUGGCCAGAAAAUAUCCUAUUUCUUCCGCCCACUUUGGGACAAGCCCCCUGCCCCAUUCAGACGCCUACCUCACUAUUAUGCUGAAAAUGUUUCAAUGGAACACCUUUGCCACCUCCAUGGUUGGUCCAUACGUUCACAGCCACGUCGUAUUUUUGACAGCAUCAUCUUCAGCAAUGAAUUAGACUUGCUUGAGAUCAGGUGGCACGAGCUUGAUCCCUAUAUUUCAAAAUUCGUAAUCCUUGAGUCAAAUACAACUUUCACUGGCAUCCCCAAACCCCUAUUCUUUGCAUCAAACCGUGCCAGGUUUGCCUUUGCUGAGGAGAAGAUUGUCCAUGGUGUAUUUCCAGGCCAAAUUGCAUCCCCUGGUUCACAUAAAGACCCAUUUGUUCUGGAAUCACUCCAACGUGGAGCUAUGAAUGGAUUGCUUCUCAGUGCGGGGAUAUCCAAUGGAGAUUUGCUAAUAAUGUCAGACACAGAUGAGGUCCCAAGCCCACACACUCUGAAACUACUACAAUGGUGUGAUGGAGUGCCACCUGUUUUGCACCUUGAGUUGAAGCAUUACAUGUAUUCCUUUGAGUUUCCCGUGGAUUAUAGCAGUUGGCGAGCCACAGUUCACUUGUAUAGCCCUUGGACUCGGUACCGCCACUCACGCCAAACUGAUGUAAUCUUUUCGGAUGCAGGAUGGCAUUGCAGCUUUUGCUUUCGGAGUCUUGAAGAAUUUGUGUUUAAGAUGACUGGUUACAGCCAUGCCGACAGGGUGAAAAGGAUGGACUUUCUAAAUUAUUCUAGAAUACAGAAAAUCAUUUGCAGGGGAGAUGAUCUUUUUGAUAUGCUCCCUGAAGAGUACUCCUUCCAAGAGUUGAUCAAAAAGAUGGGUUCUAUCCCGCAUUCAGCUUCAGCAGUUCAUCUCCCUGCGUAUUUGAUAGAAAAUGCAGAUAGGUUUAGGUUUCUUCUCCCAGGGGGCUGUAUAAGAAGAAAAGAUUUUACAAUCAGCCCCUGAAGGUGACUGGGAAACCAUUUACAUUAGACGUCUUUGUGCUUAAUCCGUUUCCCUUUUUCUUCCCGAGGAUGUGAAGGUCUAGCAUUUACAUGGGAGUCGUUGACAUCAAACACUAGAAACAAUUUAGUUGAAGUAGGUCAAAACUGAAAAUAUUGAAUUUUGAGUAAUUUAUUCUUACUUGGAAGGAAAACUGUGAUUAGUCAAAGUCAAAUUUAUAAUACCAUUAGAUUAAA